UUGGUGGAUCGGAAGAGAAUCCCGGCGGAUUGGAGGAAGAAGCUGGCGGCGAUCAAGAGUUGGUGACUGUGUCUGUUAUUUUUGCUUUCCAUAUCUGAGGAUGCAAGUAGCAAAAGGUUCAGCAACAAAUGUUCGAACUUGAUCGUAAAGAAACUGAUAUCAAAAGAAGCGUUGAACUCCAGCAAAUAAGUAGGAGGAUGCUUGCCGAGAGCUCUUGGAUUGCAGACGGCACACUUGAUACUGCUGAGAUAGAUUGGGAUGUUAGUAUGGUAGAGGAGGUCGAAAGUGGAAAUGAUCUAGGUUCAUCUGAGAUUGUCAAUGGCAGUGAUCUAAAGUGGGAGAAAGCCAAGGCCAUGAGGUUGAUGUCUCUGAGAUUUCUUGGGAUGUCAAGGCGUUUUCUGAACCAGCGUUUGAUAGAAUUAAGUAACGAAGAUACUCUGUCCUUGCAACACCAUGUGCAAGCAAUUGCCCCCUUGGUUCUUCAGCAGUAUUCUCAUGAAAUCAUUGGGCCAAUGGUGGUUGAUAUCUCCUUGUCCAUCUCACUGCUAACAAACAAGAAAUCUCGGGAUCUGAUAAUAAUUCUCAACUCCAAAAGGCUUGUUUCAGAGCUGGAGGAGAAGAAACACCGGGAAGUGAAGUUAAGAGAAAGCUUGAAAGAUGUGGGUAGAAGACGCAUGGAGCUUCAGAACUCACUCUCUUCAAUAUGGCCAAUACAGGAAGCUGCACUUGUGAAAACAAGAGAACUAAAGGAUCUAUGUGUGACCAGUCUCUCUACUAUAUUUGACGGCAGACCUGUGAAUAUAAGAGGAGAGAUCAAUACUUUGUUAAACGCUGGGGUUUCUGCUUAG